AUGUCUAAUGUUAACGAAAAAUCUCGAUGGGAUGCUUGGGAAACCCUGAAUUCUUUACGUUUAGAGUUCUACAAGCAUGGUAAACUUGACAAUGCUGAGCUUAAAAAAAUUGAACGGUCUGCCUUAAAAUCUACAGACGCUUCCUUUAUUGAAGGUGUACUACAGUUGAAAGAGGACAUGGAAUUAAAAAAUGGAAACGCUAUUAGAAGAGCAGCAUGGCUGACCAGUAAAGGUCCCAGAAAUAUACAUUAUUUUCCUAUAAAUUCUAAAAUUGCAGGGCCAAUUCCUUUUUACAAUUCUGAAGUGUUACUGACCAUGGAUACUUCAUUACGUAACAAAUAUACCGGAAACCAACCUCUAAUGAAUGAGACUAAUUACCCAUAUGAUUGUGUUUCACAAAAUGGUGAUAUCGAAGAUUGCUCUUUAGUUUGUUCUUUGAUUAAUUCUAGAUUACACGGAGCCCCUUUACCAAUUCCGGUGCUUAUUGAAAACACUUCUCUUUAUAACUUAAAUCUUCAUUUUAAUGGUUCUGAUGAAAGAUUAAUUACUGUCGAUGUUUCAACUAUUCCUACAACAAAUAAUUUAAGCCAAUUAUCAUUACAUUCCAAAAAUAUUAAUGAUAAAAUUAUCGAAAGAGCAUAUUUAUGGUUGAUGGAUCAAUCAUAUGAUACAAUUGGAUCAAAUACAGCAAUAGACACUUUCCGUUUAACAGGGUAUUUACCAGAAAUCAUUAAACCGAAUAUUUUUAGUUUUGAUGAUUAUUUUAGAUUUUUUAAUUCAAAACUUUGUUUAAUGGCUUUAGGUACCAAUAUGUCUUUAUCCACUAAAAGUAAAUUACAAUUGAAAACAGGCCAUGAUUAUUCAAUUAUUGAUAUCAAUAAGUCUACUGAAUUGUUUAUUAUAUCAGAUCCUCUGAAGCCUUGGAAUAUCCUCAGAAUCUCGUACGAAGAAGUAUUAAAUAAUAUUUCGCAAGUUUAUCUAAAUUGGAACUGGCAAAAGGCUUUUUUAGUUCACAAGGCAAUUACUUUUAAAUAUGAUUCUAAAGUUUCAAAUCAAUUCCAAAUGAAAACAAUCUUUGAUAAACCAAUUUUUAAAAUUGUUAAUAAAUCAACAAAAAAUAUAGAAAAAAUUUGGUUAUUGCUAGAGACGCAUUUGAAAUCGUCAAAACUAGAGCCAUUGUCAAUUGCAUACUUAACUGAAUUAAAUGAGCUGUCUACUACUUUAAUUUCUACAGUUUUAGAGCAACCAAUUAACGAUGCGUGCUCAAUUGGCUUUUACUUAUUGAAAUUUGAAAUUAAGCCAAAUAUGACUAAAAAAUUAAUAUGCUAUUCUUCACAUACUGAUGUCUUCACUUUACAUUCCUAUAGCAUAUCCAAUGAUAUAAUAAUGACGAGAGAUGAUACUAUUAAGAAUACUAAGUCGAUCCAUUUCGGAAAUGGCCAAGCGAUCUACACACUACACGAUCCCUUGUACCACACCAACCAAUCGUACAGUUUGAAGAUUACAAAUCAAUCUGAAGAUGAUGACUUUUCAACUGUAUUUAUAACUUUACAACUAAUGUCUAAUAUUCUUAAUCCACAAAUACCAUUGCAUAUAUACUUAUUUCAUUAUGAUGAUUAUGAAUUAUUAAAUCCACUUUCUAUUGAAACAAAUUAUGAAUUUUCACAAUUCAAUACCACUCCUCUUUCUAUAAUGACUAAUACGCGUUACAGAAUCAUUUGUAGCACUGACGAAUCUUAUUUAUUUGGGACAAAGGUAAUAUAUAAGUUAACAUGCAAUGUUUUAUCUGAUCAACCUAAAGAAAUAGCAAUGAAUCAAAUAUUCAUAAACAAUGAAGCUGGAAAUAUGCCAUACUUUGAGGAAUAUAAGUUUCCAGUUCAUUUUCAGACAGAUAAUUAUUCUUCACUGAAGUUGAACUUUUUCUCACCGACAAAUCAAUUAACUAACUCUUUUGUACGAAUUUGCCUCUUUGAAAAUAUAUCAACAUUGAGGGUAAAGUACCAUAUCAUAGAUACUUCUUCAGGGAAAUUAUUAUCCAAUUUAAGAGAAUAUGGGGUAAUUCCCAUAGGAGGCUUUGUUAUUCCAAAUUUAAAAAUUCCAAUAAAUGCAAAUCUAAAACUUGUUAUUGAGAUCCGUAAUGAAGAUUUAAACAAUGUUAGAGAAUUAGAAAGUCGCUAUAAUGCUAAUGCCAUCGUUAAAGUUUCCUCUGAUAGAAAAUUGAUACUUCGGAUAGAGCUAUUCUAG